AAAUUUCAGCCAAUUCGCUGGUGGGGGUCUCCAUAAACAUACAUGUUGUGUGCUAUGGACAUUAUUCUCCUUCCUCUUUUCAACCUCACUCAAGUUAACCUGCUCUCUCCUUCGCCAUUCCUCCGCAUCCUUUUGAGCCUUUCUCAAAAAAAGCUCAUCGCUUCAUACUCUUAACUUUGAACACCAGUUCAUUUAUGUUCUUCCACAACCUCCAUAACAACUUUCAUGAUAAUAUGAGUUUUGUUUAAAUCACACACAAAAGCACAUAAAUUACAAUUUGCAAUUGCAGACAUUUUUGCUAAUAAGUUUUUACUAUCUGAUAAAUGAGGUAUCAACUAUCAAAGCCCCACCCCUAAAAGAUUAAAAACCUAAAAACUAAAGACCCAAUCCGACACAUUACGAAGUGCGUUCUCACAGAUUUUUGUUCUUAAGAUAAUUUUUGCAGAUAAGAGUUCUGUAAAGAAGCUCUUGAGAGUUCGCCCUAAUAAGAGUUCUCUCUGUCCCGAUUAUCGAGGCGCCGCAACCACCGAAAUUUCUCGACGCCGGCGACUCUGCUUGCCGGCGUCGUCACCGUUCAUCUCUUCUCGUUCUUAGCUUCAUCGUCAGCCUCCUUUGUUUUACUUUUGGUCUGUGUCUCUCCUUUGCGUCGGACCGUUUGUCUCCUCCGACGAAGGCGUUCAGCUUGGACUCAAGUGACGUCUCCAUGUUCAUUGUGCUUGCCGCAGUCCGCUUCUCUGGGGAUUCCCGGAAAGCCUUUUCAAACGGCUCCUCGUUUCACUGCGUCCUCUACCACUGCAACUCUCUCUCUUCUUGUUCCAGAUCUGUAAGACAAAGCGUGGUAGCCAAAGAACUGCACCGAAAAUCGCAUACCAUCCCACUGCAAUCACCUUCCACGCUCUCCGCCAUUGAUGAUAUAGACCCCUGCUUUGUCGACAGAUUUUGCUACUGCAGAGAAGUAAUAACUGAGGCAACUGAGAUCCAACUCGCAGAAAGAGUCAACUGCUCUGGCGUCUCUCUUGAUGCUAUCUGCCUCUCAAGUGGCGACAUCUCCCCUGUCUCCGGCGACUGUCUACAACUAUGCAAAUCUCCGACGAUGUUAUCGGAAGAGUCAAAGCCGUCAGAUUGCAAAGGAUUUCCGGUGGAUUCACCGGGGCCUUUGAAUUGCGUUUAAUGCUAUACUUGUCUUGUGCGAAGAUUAAUUUUCCGGUGAGCUCACCGUGUUGGUUCGUGGUUCUAUCUGUGCUUGAUUCAUCUUUCUCAAUGGAGGAAUGGAUUUCGCCACCCUACCUCUUUUCUAUGAAAGGAGAUGGUUUUCCGAAUUUGGUAUCAAGGUUCGGUUUCAGCUUCUUCACUAGUGAGGGCUGGUUUUCAACGUCACUAUAUGUGACUAUUUCUCUGCCGUUCGACUCUGUCGUAAAGGCUAUGUCAUUGACGCAUUCAAGCUUCAUCUCGAAUUCGCUGUCACCUUCUCAUGAAGAACUAUCCCGUUUGUUUUGUAAUGUUGUAAGUUUUCUUUUUAAUCAAAGAGGAUGGAUAAUUCCCUCGGACUGUUGUAAUCUUUUAAGUUGAGAAGUAAUGAAAAGUAAGUUGUGUUCAA